AUGAUUGCGGGGCAGAACCAUCGGGACGAAGUUCCUUACACCCUUCAGUCAGAAGCCCAAAGAAUCUACGAGGUCAUUGUCGCAGACCCUCGUCUUAACCUCCCAGAGGAAGUGAAACGAUGGAAAGACAACGUCCAAUUUACUGGGGAUGAAACGGAUCCUUUCUUCCCUGUUCCGUUCAAAGCAGCAGAGUCCCAAGCUGGUCUCCUUGGCUACAUUGGACUUUUGGCUCUUGCCAUCGCUCAAGAUCGAUAUGGAAUUGAGCAAGAGUGUCACAUCGAUGUUUCGCAGGCCUUGCUCAAUGGACUCGGCGCUCUGUUCGUCCGCCAUGAGAGCGAAUGGUUAUCUGGCAGUCCGAAAAUGAUGGCCGCUGUCCAGCGCUGGGAUCACGGUAUGACCCGAGAGCUUUAUCGACAGCUGGGCACAAACAUCUACAAGUCGAAAGAUGGACGAUGGUACUCUCUCCACGGCAACAUGAAUCCCACGCCACUCUUGGAGAUGCUGAACGUUCCACAGCACAAUGAGAAGAACUUGACCUGGCCACAAAUCAUCGAAAUGUACAGCAACGUCGUCGGGACUAUUGACUCAGAGGUUCUCGACAACUGGAGUAACAACGUCUACCGAACUCCCGGCACAGUAUGUCUCGAAAAGGAAGAGUUCGAAUCCACCCCUCAGGGUAAAGCAAUAAAAGAUGAACCAUACUACAACUUGAUUCCACAAAAGCAUUAUACUCAACCUGCCGUGUCCUGGGACCAAGUGCCUGUCGACCUCUCCGACCGUAGACCGCUGUCUGGAAUCAAAGUCUUGGACCUUUCACGCGCCAUUGCCGCGCCCACCAUUGGCCGUGUCUGCGCAGCUUUGGGGGCGACAGUUAUCCGCGUGUCCUGCGUAAAGAACACGGAGCUGCCCAUCACGCUCAUUGACGGUUGUAUCGGCAAGACCAGUGUCGACAUCGACCUCAAGACCUUCGAGGGGAGAAAGAAGCUGCUCGAGCUAAUCGAGGAGGCCGAUGUUUUCAUUGACGGCUAUCGUCCUGCCGUAAUGGAACACCUCGGCUUUGGCCGCGAUGCCGUGCUGGGUUUGGUGGCGAAUCGAGAUCGAGGCCUUAUUUAUUGCCAGGAAAAUUGCUACGGCUGGAAAGGCCCGUGGGUAACAAGACCAGGCUGGGCACAGAUUGCUGAUACUGUUUGCGGUGUUGGUCUUGACAUUGGCCGAUUCCACGGAUACGACGAGCCACACAUCUUCCCCGGUCCAAACGCCGACUACCUGACAGGCCAUGCUGGCGCCGCCGGGGUCCUACACGGUCUUUAUCUGCGCAGUCGCCAAGGGGGAUCGUACGUGGUCCAAUGCUCGCUCGUCGUCGCGAACAUGCAAAUGCAGUCUUACGGCAAGUACACAGAAGAACAGCAGACGGCGCUGAAAGCUCGCAAUAAAGACUUGAUUGGCAAAAUUCGUCACUACGACGAGAUCGUCAGCCACGGGAAGAAUCAAAACGUAAUCAGGGGUUUCAUCGCCGAUAGGACAUUCGACAAGGCCAUCAAAAAGGACUACUACCAGAAAGUAGAUGGCAGCAUGUGGGGGCUGGGUGACUUGGAUCUGGUGAAGUUAGCGUUGGAGUUCCAGCCCUCCCAAGAAUCCUACGUCCCUCUCGGACAAUAUGUCGCCUUGGGCGUCGUCGACUGCUACGUAAGUGGCAACGAGCCGGACUCACCAGGCACCCAAGGACUAUUGCUGCUAUUGCCUGAUGGAUUCGGCCUGGCCAAGCACAAUCUCAUCCUAGCAGAUAAGUUCGCCAAAGAAGGAUGGCGUGUGGUGAUUCCAGACUAUUUCGAAGGCGACCCGUUACCGAUCCAGUUUCUCAAGCAAGAUCGCUCCUUAUCAAUCGAUGAGCAGCCGUGGCCUGAAGAAGAAAAGCAGAUCCUGCGCGACCUGGACUUUCCGGCCUGGCUGCAACGACAUGACCAUGCAAGGGUCUCUGCUCUUCUCGGCAACUUGACCAGCCAUCUCAGAGACAAGUACCCUGACUCUACUAUUGUCGGGGUAGGGUACUGUUUUGGGGGUAAACACGUAUUGAGACUGAGCAAGAAUGCAUUACGUGCAGCAGCUUCCUUCCACCCCAGCUUCGUGGAGGCCGAGGACCUGGACGGCAUUCAGGCGCCUCUCUACAUCGGCCUGGCUGAGGAGGACGAUAUGGUCCCUGCCUCAUUGCCAAAUGACCUCCACGAGUGGGGGAGCAGUAGGAUAAGACCCGGGGUACCGUUCAAGAUAGAAAGCUAUCCGCGGAUGGGCCAUGGAUUCGCCGCUCGACCGGAUACUGAGGAUAAGGAUGUUCGGGAACAGUAUCAAAAGGCGUUUGUUCGAACACUCGAGCACUUUAGGGAGUUUGUCUCAGACAAAAAAAGGUAG